GCUGUGGUGUUACUGUUACCAGUGAAGAGAAGGGUUAUUUUUGCCUGAUAAUCCUUUACAGGAGUUUUUACUUAAAAUUGUUGUGUCAUCCUGACUGAGACUUAAUGCCAUCGACCCAACAUGAAAUGGUUGGCUCUGGUUGUUGCUGCUCUUUUGUGGAUCUCCCCAGGAGAGAGCAAAUGCAAACUGAGCAAUUGUUUGAAAAUGGGAAACAAAGCGUAUGUUGUUUCUGACAAUUGCAACGACGUCAUCAAAGUUAUACCCAAAUGGGAGAAAAAAAGGUGCAAUCGAAAGUGGCCUCAAAUAGAGACAGAGAACGAUGCUUCCCUAUUACUCAGUAAGAAAUGGCACGUCAAGCGGAAUCUUUCUCUCACUGUCCUGCUGGGGGAGAAUUGCUGUAGAGAACUGGCCAGCAAAGAGCGGCUGUGCUUCUUAACACCAGAUCCAUCACCAGAAAGUUGCGAGGUUAAAUCUGUACAAACAGACAAGGUUUGUAAGGGAGCAUCAUUCGAUGAAAAAGUCUGCAACAAAAAAGGUCGACAGGACAAGUACAUCGUCAACAUAACAGGGACAAGUGCAACCUGUGUCAACUGUAAUAAACCAGUGAAACAUCCAGAAAAGGCAUACAGUUGUGAUGAACUCAGAAAUAAAGGUGUAUCAAUUAACGUAACACGAGGAGAAGAUCUGGACCCUGUUCAAGCUAGUAACGUCAUGAAGAAAAUGGGACAACUGACCACCUCUAUCAAUACAUCUUCAGCAGCACUGAAUAUGGGAGAAGGAGUCACAGGGAUCAUAGUGAGAGAAACUGAUGAGGAAGAUGUGGACGAAGUCUCCUUUGCAUAUGAGCCUCCAAACAACAACAUAAGCAUCAUAGAAAACAGAGAUUCUCUGGCUCAGUUUUCCAGAUCUGUUACGGUGUCGAAAGAAGCGUUUGAACAAGCUAUCAAUUUGAAUGUCAGUGUACCUUUUGCUGCUAUGUUCAUAUUCAACAAUCUGGCUAAGGAUGAGUUGAACAGCACCAUUUUAGGUAAUGAGGUUUUAGCAGUCGACAUGGGAGCAAAUAUCUGCAAUCUCACAGACAAAAUAUCCAUCCAUUUUUGGAAUGCGACAUAUGAAGGAAAUGCAAGUUGUCGGUCAUGGAACGGUGAAGGAAGCCGACCAAACUGGACCGCCGAUGGAUGUUUAACUAUACAAAAUGGAGAAAACAUCACAUGCGAGUGUUCCCACUUGACAUUCUUUGCUAUAUUAUUGACUCCUCUUAAUGAAACCAUUUCUAGCUCUGACCUGAAUAAUCUCACCAUCAUCACACAAGUUGGCUGUGGCUUGUCAAUAUUCUUCAUCAGCAUAAUCCUGUUCAUGCACUUCCUUCUCAGGAGAACAAAGGCCAGCACAUCCACAAGGAUUCUCAUCCACCUUGUGUCGGCCAUGCUCCUGCUCAACCUGACGUUCCUGACCAACCACUACAUAGUAAAACUCAACAGCUCAGUGGGCUGUGUGAUCAUGGCAGCUGCCAUGCACUACUUCAUGUUAGCUACGUUCACAUGGUUUGCGGUGAAGGCCUUCCAUCUUUGUUUGCAGCUGUACAUGGGGGGCAAAAUAGUCAUCAGUCACUACAUACUCAAAGUCUCUAUCAUCAGCUGGGUUCUACCAAGUGUCCCUGGGAUUGUCCUGCUUAUCAAAGGAAAAUAUGGUGAACAAGUCAUUUACACAAACGACCCAGAAGAAAACGUGGCCAUGUGCUGGAUAACAGACAGUGACGCCCACUACAUCGUCAACAUAGGCUACUAUGCGUUGGUCUUCGUCUUCACCUUCACCACCUUCGUCAUCAUACUUAUCUGGCUUUGUUGUCUCAGGAGGACCAAAUCAGGAAACAGCCCAACUGGAACAAGUGGGAGAAGUAUUUUAACCAUCCUGGGACUGUGCUCCAUGCUGGGUAUCACGUGGGGCUUUGCCUUCUUCGCCUAUGGCGCCCUCCUGAUUCCCUCUUACUACAUCUUCACAGUCCUCAAUUCUUUUCAAGGUUUUUUCCUGUUCAUCUACUACUACAAAACCAGCCAAGUAGGAAACACAAACGCUGACUCGAGCAGUUCCACCGACAGCAGCAGCACUCUAGGCACACUGGUCCCCUGGGAGAACCCCUAUGCUAACCUGCCGGACAAAAGAUAAACCCUAAGAAGAUUCAAGGACAGGAAAGUAUAAAGUAGGCAUCAUUGUAGGACUGAAGUGCAGACUACAAGAAAGUACAAAGAAAUAACUGAAAACUGUAAAGAAGUAUCAUGUUACAGACGUUUUCAAAACAUAGAUAUGUGUGGAAAAAAAACAGUCGACAAUAUCGGCCGAUAAUAGCAUAUCCAGUGACUAUCAUAUCGGCUACUUUAAUGACACACGUGUGCAGUGACUUUUUAUUUGAGUGAUCAUCUUGUCUUCAUUAUUUAUCUUUUCCACAAGAGUUGUUUAGUUUAUAAUAACUUUGUUUUUUUGGUUUGCACAACUUCCUUUAGUGAGAAUCAGAGAGGGUGAAGGGUUCCUGCAGUUAAUGACUUAUAUGUAACUAUGAAAUGUUUAUAUGUAUCUAUGAAAUGUUUAUAUGUAACUAUGAAAUGUUUAUAUGUAACUAUGAAAUGUAAUUAUUCUUGGCUCAGGGAUGAAAACACAAAAAAGAGAGAUAUCCCAAGUAAAAAAAUGACAAAAAAAAAAAACAGUCUAAUCUACCAUCUGACGAAGGCCUGUGCUAGUACGCUUAAAUUAACAGGAAAUUACAAUAUAUACAGAUCAAGAGACAAAGAUGAAUACAUCCGUUACUCAUAAACCCCCUACCCCAAAAAACUACUCAGAUCUCCAAGAAUUGCACAAGUCACCUAAGUUAAUGUUAAAAAAUCGAGAGUCGCCAAAAAGCGACUAAUUUGCAUCCAUGUUGGCUGAUUUUUGAUGACAAAACUCGGUCCCAAAUAAAAAAAGUCACUGGCAGCAUAUGGGCAUAGAUAAAAUGUCCCAGCUGUGGAUAAAGUGUCAAAAAUAUUUUGCAACAUUCAAAUAUUGAAAGAGAUGAGAAAUAGGAAUCUUUUAUUCAGUUUCAGUCACACUUACAUUAAAAAAAAUACAUUAAUAUUAUCUUUUAUUUUCAAUGUUUGAAGGUGGGAAAUUAUUUGACACUUCUACAACAAGAAAACUUCUGCUUCCUUGAGAGCUUGUUCCAUUUCAGCGGCCUCCAGGGAGAAGUUUUCCCUCUCCUGCGUCAUAUGUUCCCGUGCUUUAGCCAGGUCUGUAAUCGUCACUUGGAUUUCCUGAGUGUUAAAAACAUGGAACAAUUUCAGUAAACGUUAAUCAGUCCUUAGUUCAACUACAACAAUAUUAGAAAAAAAAAGUCAAUAAAAGGACUCGGAAGAGUUUAACUCACCUCUAGUUGAGCCUGUUGCUGGGAUGCAAUGUCUCCAAAUGCUUUUAAUUCAUGCAGCAGGUCAGCGGAGACACUCUGAAAAGCAGGCAAUAAAGAUGUUUUUCAUGUGUUCAGUAUAAGUGUGGUCUAAGACUUAAGUAUAUACAAACAGUUGUAUUUUUGUCAUGUUUAAAGUGCAUAUUUCUAUUUAUUCUUUAAUAAAUUUCCAGUUUGUGGU